AUGGCAGACGUCGCAAAAGCCUCGAAUGGCGUCGAAGACCUCAAGGCGCUGAAUGGCGGUAAACCCAUCAAAUCCAAAAACCAACUCCGUAGGCUAAAGCAGAAACAGAAGAAGGCUGCGCAGCCCCAACAGCGGCAGGAAGAGCAGCAGAAGGAGGAGAAGGAGAAUGAGGAUGUGAAGAUGGAGGUGGAUGAAGAUUCCAAGGCUAGCGUGAAGCAGUUUGUGGUGGAGGAAGAUGACUUCAAGGCGCCUGGAUUUGAAGCUUUUGCGGAUGUCUUUGCAAAGUUCCAGGCUCCUGCAGAGAGUGUCGCGGUCAAAGAGGAAGGAGGAAUCUCCAAAAAGGGCGAAGUCAUUUAUUCCGACGACGACAUGGCCUCUGCAGGCUCAGACGACGAAGACGCACCCAAACCUCUCUCCAAGAAAAAGGCCCGAAAGAUGAACCGUCUAACCGUCGCUGAACUCAAACAACUCGUCAAGAAGCCAGAAAUCGUGGAAUGGACAGACGUGACCGCCGCUGACCCGCGUCUCCUGCUUCACCUCAAGUCCUACCGAAACACCGUCCCCAUCCCAGCGCACUGGAGCGCCAAGCGGGAUUAUCUGCAGGGCAAGAGGGGUAUCGAGAAACCGCCGUUCCAGCUUCCCUCGUAUAUCGCGGAUACGGGUAUUGCGACGAUGCGGGACGCGGUGAAGGAGAAAGAGGCGAAUAUGAGUCUCAAAGCCAAGACGAGAGAACGUGUGCAGCCAAAGAUGGGCAAAAUCGAUAUCGACUACCAGAAACUCCACGAUGCCUUUUUCAAAUUCCAGACCAAGCCUCCUUUGACCGACUUUGGUGAAAUGUACUACGAAGGAAAGGAGUUCGAGACGUCGCUGAAGGAGAAGAAACCGGGUGACCUUUCUCCCGAACUCGUUGAAGCUCUUUCCAUUCCUCCUCUUGCGCCUCCGCCAUGGCUCAUCAGCAUGCAACGAUUCGGUCCACCGCCUAGCUACCCUACACUCCGGAUACCCGGUCUCAACGCCCCCAUCCCUGAAGGCGCUCAGUGGGGCUUCCAUCCCGGUGGAUGGGGUAAACCACCUCUCGACGAGUACAACCGACCGCUGUACGGCGAUGUGUUCGGUGUGUUACCAAAGGCGACAAACGACCAUGCCGGCGAACCCAUCAACAAAGAACCCUGGGGCGAACUCGAGCCCGAAGAAGAGGAAGAAGAAGAAUCCAGCGAAGAAGAAUCCGACUCUGACGAAGAAAUGGGCGAGACAUCCUCCUCUGUGCCCGCGGACGGUAUGCAAACACCCUCCGGGCUCGAAACACCCUCUGGUCUCACCUCCGUCGUGUCCACCGUCGCCGGUGGGCUCGAGACGCCCGACUUUGUGGAGCUCCGGAAGAGCCGGGUGUCCGAGGUUGAGAGGGACAGAGGCGACCAGCAGCAGAGGAGUUUGUACCAGGUUGUGCCUGAGAAGCAGACCAGUGUGCGGGGACUUAUGGGGAGUGAGAGGGGGUAUGACGUUAGUGCUCUUUCGGGUGCGGCGAGUGGUGCGAUCCCUGUGUUGGGUGAUGAGAGGAGUCAGAAGCAGCGUAAAGGAGGCGUGGAUGUCGCCUUGGACGCUUCAGAGCUCGAAGGUCUCUCCGAGGAAGACCUCCGCAAGAAAUACGACAGCGCGAAUAGGGGUAAUGCUGGUGUGCCUGGUGGACGGGGAGAGGACUUUUCGGAUAUGGUGGCUAAGGAGAUGGCGAAGAAGAAGGCGAAGGCUGAGAGAGAUAGGGAGAGGGAUCGGGAUAGGAAGGGGAAGGAUUUCAAGUUUUGA